AUGCGCCAAAGUUUGGAUAUGUCAUCCAUCCGCACUUUAUCGGGUCGAAGUACGGUAGAGGCCAUCACUGGACUAGCUCAACAAUUAGAUAAAGCCAAUGUUGUGUACAAUGCAAUCACCUACGAAUACUUAUUAAGCGCGUAUGCAAAGGCGGAUAAUCCGGACCAAAUUAUGCCCCUGUUGGCUCGAAUGUAUCAAACUGGCGUUCGACCAAGUCUCAGAUUUUUUCAUGGUGCACUGAAUCUAUCAGCGCGUUUCGCCGAAGCAAGGCUGCAGGCACGGAUAUUGGAAGAAAUGAAAGGAGCAGGAUACGAUAUCAAAACUAUUGCAGUAUACAGCUACAUGAUACGGUGCAUGAGAAAUAAUGGCGAAAUCGAGCGUGCAUUGGAUACUGUGGAGGCAAUGCGAAAGGAGAAUAUCAGCCUGACGUUAUUCAUAUGCCAGCAGCUGAUGGAUAUGAGCAUCGAGCUCAACCACCCCGAUAUCGCAUAUGAACUGUUAAAGGAAGGAGUAAUGCUAAAUUUUUUUACGGAACACCAUCAUCACAUAUACAUGGAUUUGCUACGUUGCGCGGCGCUAAACGGCUCGCAUGUGAUCGUCAAGGAUUUGUGGCAAGUUGUUUUGGAUCGUAAUAUUGUACCAGACGAGGGACUUUGUCACUACAUUUUGCACGUCGCAGCCGAACAUGGUGAUUCCCGAUUAGGGAGUGAUGUAAUACGAAUACUUGGAAAGGCAGGAUUUCCGUACAAAGAGUCUCAUUUUGCACCGCUGGUCGAGGCAUUUGCGGCUUCAGGAGAUUGGAAGAGCACGCUCCAAGUGCUUGACUUGAUGCGCAAAGCAGGUCUAACGCCCACACAGGAAACUACACGGUCCAUUGCAUUUAGACUGGGAAAAGACACUGAUGCUGUACGGCUCGCACGAAAUGCUUUGGACGAUCUACAAAAAGAAAAUGCGAUCGAUAUUCUAGCAUUUAAUCUCGUUAUCCAUGCUUUUGCCUACAACAACCAGUACGAGGAUGCCAUGGAAACUUUUAGGAAGGCGUCCGACAUGCAAGUCAAGAUCGACAUCGAAACCAUCCACUCUGUCUUGGACGCGUGUAUACAUGCCGAGGAGGUUGCUGCGGGUGUUCGAAUAUUCAAUCAGUAUAUCCACGGCGAUAUCAAACCCAAUGCAACAACGAUGAGUAAAAUGGUAACGCUCAUGUGCACGCAAGACGACUAUGAGGAUGCGUUUAAAUAUUUGGAAAGUAUGAAGGCGAUGGGUCUUGUUCCGCUGCGUGGAUGCUAUUACCGUCUUGUCAAGAAGCUUGCUAGUCAUCAAGAUACAAGGCUCUCCAUAGCACUGGAUGAGAUGAAGGCUUGUGGUUAUCAAAUGACUGCAUUCUUACAAGGACAUAUAGACAAGCACAUGCCACAAGAUGAAGAAAAUGUGGAAGAUAGAGAACCCCGAAGAUAA